AUGUAUAAUUAUUACAGGAAGGAGAAGUUCCAACAGAUAACCUAAUAGAAAGAGAAAAAAAUGGAAUAGGAACAGAAUGCAACUCAAGAAACAAAAAAAAUUAAUAAUGCUUUGGCUACUAAUUACGAUAAAAGAAUCAUGAGUUUUUUGGAACGAAUGUCACAAAAACCUUAUGUUAUCCAUGAUUCCAUAUAUAUCAAGGAAUCAAGAUCAACAAGCAAUGACAACAGAAGGUGGCUGAAUGCUUCUGCCUUGCAUUCGUUGGAAUAUUAUUAAAACAAUAAAAUAAAUAAUCGAUAUCUCAGUGACAGAAAGUAACUUAAACAUAAAUUAACAGAAACUAUUGAAGAUAUUCAAAAUCCUAAUACUUCUGAACUUAGUAUACUAGAUACUUUUAAUCCCAAAAAGAUGGAUUCAAGAAGAGAUAGAUAAAAAUAAAUAACUAUCAUAGAUUCUAAUUUAAUUAAAAGGAAUAUGAGAAUAAAUCUGGAUAAAAUCUAAGUCAAAAGGAAAUUGGACAAAUAAGAUGAGCCAAAAGACAGACUAUAUUUCAAAGGAUUGAAAUCACUGACUGUCCAGCAAAGGAUGUUCGAUGAUGAACAAUCCAAAAGGAGUAUCUCUGGAAAAGCUAGAAGCAUUCUAGAAAAAUGCAAUAUAAUUUCCAAAAAGCCAUGA